UAUGCUCCAGUUAAGCAGAUCGUCACCAACCUUCCCUCCAUCGCCUCGUGUCCUCCUCCCUCCCUUCAUUGUUUCUCACGCUCACUCGGCUGACCGUGCUGGGAGCUAGCGAUGGGUGUGGAGGCCGGCGCCGGCGACGACUAUGACCCGGCCGCGGUCGUCGUCUGCAAGGGGAAGCGCAGCAAGCGCCAGCGCGUGCACGCGGCGCCACCCCCGCCACCGGCGGAUGUGGCGAUCGCCGAGGCCGAGUCGUCGUCGUCCUCCGUGGCCGAGGAUGACGGGUGGCUAUCCUCCGGCGUCGAUCAGGAGGCCGCCUCGGGGUGCGUCACCGAGGAGGAGGAGGACAUGGCGCUCUGCCUCAUGCUCCUCGCCCGCGGCGGCCGCGCCGGAUCGUCGUCGUCGUCGUCAUCUACGCUGCUUGCGGUGGCUCCCGACGCCGCUGACUCCACUGCGACGGCGGCCAAGGAGGGCAAGUUCCGGAGUCGGCGACCGGCGGACGGGGCUGGCGCCGGGGCGGGGGAGUUCGUGUACGAGUGCAGGACUUGCGGCAGGUGCUUCCCGUCCUUCCAGGCGCUCGGCGGCCACCGCACCAGCCACAAGAAGCCCCGCCCACUCCUCCCGUCAACGCCGCAGCUCACGACUACAGCCACCGCGACGACGACCAAUGAGAAGAAGCGACCGCGGCCGCCUGCAGCCGAGGUGAAGACGCCAUCGCCGGCCGCGAAUGCGACCACCGCUGAUCCGACGGUGCUGGCGAUCCCGGCGACGCCGCCCAAGCACGAACCGGCCGUGGUGACGGCGACCGGUGCUACGAGCGGCGCGUCGAGGCAGCAGCAUGGGAGCAGGGUGCACGAGUGCAGCAUGUGCGGCGCCGAGUUCGCGUCCGGGCAGGCGCUGGGCGGGCACAUGCGCCGGCACCGCCCGCUCCUGCCAGCCUCGUCCUUGUGCGCGGCGGCCAAGGAGGACGACGAGGUGGGAGCGACAAGGAAGGAGAAGAGCUUCCUGGAGCUGGAUCUCAACAUGCCCGCACCCUGCGAUGAUGCCAGCGUCGACACGACGUCGACGGUGUCGUCUUUCGCGUCCGCCACGGUGGUGGACUGCCAUUACUAGCUAGCGAGCAGCCAAUCAUCAGGGAACAAAAAAGCACAAUUAAAGGGUAAUUAGCUUCUCCGUUUAGCAUUGAUCCUAUACAUAUAUACAUACAUACUCCGUACUUGAUACUACCAUUCAUACAUACCUUGCUUUUCUACAAAAGCACAUUCUUUUUCCUCCCCCAUUAAUUAUUUCUUUCGUUCCCCUUCUUUUGUUCAAAUUAUUGGGGACCUGGUGAUGUAAGUUUGUUGGCCAAAAUAUGUUUGAGAGUUGACAUUAUGUGAUUAAAUCCUAUUGAUUAGUUCGUUGAAAUUGAUUGACCAAGCAAUGUAUGUUGCCUUUUCUUAUGGUUAGUUU